AUGGUUCAAAGGACAGAGACACUUAAGCUCUUCUUCACUCAGGUGAGAAACUGUCAUUUCAACCAAAAAUACAGUACAUAUUUAUAUUUGAUCCAUAACAAACCACUGUAUUUUGGUUAGUUUUGGGUGAGAUAUUUUGUCUCUCUGUCUCACUCAUUUAAGCAUCCCACAGACUGACAGAGCUAAGGAUUUUGCUCCUAGGGGGAAAAUAUACUGGGAAAAGUUUGACAGGCAACACCAUUCUUGGCAGGGUGGAAUUUGUACGUUUGACCAAGGCGUGCCAAGUGGGUGGGCGGCGGGUGACCGUGGUCGAUACUCUGGGCUGGGACUGGCGCUCCGUGCAGGACACGUCUGAGUGGAUGAAGCAGGAGGUGGUACGCAGCGUUCAGAACCUCACACCCUCCUCCCCGUGGUCCCGGGUGACGUGACCUUCACAGAGAGUGACAGGCGAGAAUUGGAGCAACACCUGGUACUGGGCCUAGGGACGUGAAGCCGCACCCUGGUACUGUUCACCAUGUGGGACUGCUUCAGAGGUCACCCCUGAGGAGCACAUCGAGAACUAGGGUGCCCUCUGGUGGCUGGUGGAGAAAAGUGGGAACAGAUACCACGUCAUGGAGAAUGAAAACCCAGUGAACAGCCAACAGGUGGCUGAGCUGCUGGAGAAGAUUGAGGAGAUGGUUGUAGGGUACGAAAGCGAGCUCCUUCUCACAAUGUACCAGCAGGCAGAGGAAAGCAACCAGGAGCUAAAACUGUUAUGUGAGGACAACCUAAGAACAAUGGAGAGUAUGAGGGAGUCUAUCAAAGAGAGGGAGGAGAAAAUUUAA